UUCCUGUCUGCGCUCGCUGUGCCCUGCGAAGAAAGCGAGGAGCUGAGCGGAAAGUCCAGGACCCAACCGGAGCCACCAAGGAAGAAUGGAAACCGCCGGAGCAGCCACGCCGCCCACGCAGCCGCCGGCGACGCACCCGGCGGUGGCUCCGCUAGCGUUCCUGCUGGGCAAGUGGCGCGGGGAAGGCGAGGGCAGCUUCCCCGCCAUCUCCUCCUUCCGCUACGGCGAGGAGCUCCUCUUUUCGCACCACCCCUCCAAGCCGGUGAUCUCGUACACGCAGAAGACGUGGAAGGCGGCGUCAGGCGAGCCGAUGCACGCCGAGAGCGGGUACUGGCGGCCCCGCCCCGACGGCUCCGUCGAGGUGGUCAUCGCGCAGAGCACAGGCCUCGCCGAGGUUCAGAAGGGUUCAUAUGAUGCUGAAACGAAAACAGUGACACUCCAAAGCGAACUUGUAGGCAACGCGUCAAAGGUGAAGCAGAUCACAAGAGCGUUUCAAGUGACAGAUGGGGAGCUCUCGUACGUCGUUCAGAUGGCAACAAUCACAGCUAGCCUACAGCCACAUCUCAAGGCCCUUCUCAAAAAGAUUUGAAGAUGGCUGCCAAUCUCCUAUAACGAGGCCUCUUCGCUAACCUGAGAGUUGUGUUGAGCAUGCGCUGCUCCGUUAUUACCAGUGGGAAACUUCAAUAAGCUCUUAGAAACCAUCACACAUGUAAACUGCUUUGCUUGACACCUCAUAAUCAACGGUCUCUAUUUUGAUGUUUGGUUCAAGAAAUGGAAUGAGUUGAUCCAAUGAUCCA